UAAAUUCAAAGUGGGGACUUGAGAUUUCAGAAUUUCCCUUUCUUACACUUUCUUUCUUUCUUUCUUCUUGCCUGAAAGGCCACUUAAUAUCUCUCUCUAUCAUCCCCUACACCCACAUGAUCCAGAGAAUGUUGAAGCUUUCUUCAAUCUCUCCUGCCAUUUCUCAGCUCUUCUAUUACCUUCUCCUUUAUCUGUAAACAUCUAGUUGGAAGGGUUUAGCUUGUUGUUUAAUUUCUUUUUGUUUUCAUUUAUGGGGGUUGCAGUGUCUGAUCUUGCAGCUGAGACUCCAUUUUCAAGGUCUCCUGGUCUGGGGGAUAUACCUGAAAACUGUAUAUCUUCUAUUCUUAUGCACUUUGACCCUCCGAAGAUUUGUAAGUUGGCACUGUUGAACAGGACUUUUUACGGUGCUUCUUUGGCUGAUUUUGUGUGGGAGACAAAGUUGCCAUCCAAUUAUAAGUUUCUUGUCGAGAAAAUUCUUAAUGAGAAUCGAGAAAAUAUCAGCAAGAAAGAAAUUUACGCAAGGUUGUGCCUUCCUAAUCGCUUUGAUGAUGGCACUAAGGAAGCUUGGUUGAAUAAGAGUAGUGGGAAAAUUUGUGUGUCCAUUUCUGCAAAGGCAAUGAAAAUCACAGGGAUCGAUGAUAGAAGAUAUUGGAGUUACAUUCCAACAGAGGAAUCCAGGUUUCACACAGUGGCCUAUCUUAAACAAAUAUGGUGGUUUGAAGUGAUAGGAGAAUUGGAGUUUGAGUUUCCUUCAGGGAGCUACAGUUUGUUUUUUAGAUUGCAGCUCGGAAAACCUUCAAGAAGAUUUGGCAGAAGGGUUUGUAACUUGGAACAAGUUCAUGGGUGGGAUAUUAAACCUGUGAGGUUUCAGUUAUCAACUUCAAAUGGACAACAAGCCAUUUCUGAAUGUUGCUUAUACGAACAAGGGAACUGGGUUCUCUACCAUGUUGGUGACUUUUCCAUUGACAACAACUCUCAUGGCUUGCUCACUAGGAUCAAAUUUUCAAUGAUGCAGAUCGAUUGUACACAUACAAAAGGAGGGUUAUGUUUAGACUCUGUGCUGAUAUAUCCAAAGGAAUUUAGGGAAAGAUUAAAAUAAGUUCUAAGUUUGGGCAACUCUUUGGUAGUACUUUUUGUGUAAUUUUAUAUACACUCAGUUUUGAAAACCCAAUUAGGUGUUCAAAUAAUAUAUUAUUAUAUAAUUAAGUGAUCGAAAACUAAGUAUACAUAGUUUUAUUUGGAGUUUUUUAGAGGUCCACUGAGAUUUGCAGUCGCAGCAGAAUAAUGUACAUGUAAAUUGUUUAAUUAUUUAGUUGUUUGUUGGUUGCUUUUGUAUCAAUAUUUUGAGAUUCUCUUUUUUAGCCAUAUUGAGAGAUGCUACAACAAAGAUACCGCAUGUGAUA